CUCUACUGCAGUACUGGAACGGGCGGGUGUGGUGGUAGUCUGCUGAAAGUUGUUCAGCUCAUGGCCAAGACGGCGCUCGGCUUGGUUUCGUUUGCAGUGGCCGAAGUCCUUUUCUAUCUCAGAGUCCUAUUGAAAAGUCUUGGCACCAGUGCGAAGGCCAGUCCUAGACCAGUGCGAUCAUGUUUGAGCGGCUCAGGUAUUUUUUCACUGGACAGAAAACGUUCAAGGAGAAAAAGAUUACCAGUGAGUUUCAUUCCGACAAGUUUGGAGCGGCUGUUGGAGAUGAGAUCAGGGCGGAGCGAGCCGAAGAAGAUCAGGAGCACAAAGAACGGGUUUUGAAGUGUAUGAAACCCAUGAAGCAGUAUGACUUGCGUACCAGUGAUGGCCGUAUCACCAGAAACACAUUCCCGGGGCUGAUGACCAUGAGCGACUAUGGACCACUGCGCCUGGCCUUCGUGGGCAGAGCCCACAUGGGAAAGAGCCACACAGCCAACAAUGUCCUUGAGCUGUUCGGCCAAGAACAAACUGAACAGAUAUUCAAAGUAGGUGAAGGAGAUAUGAAAGUACGCGACGCUCCAAUCGAUUCCGGUGAUGGUAGGCCCGCAAUCAUGCUUCGAAACGGACGCGGAAGUGGCGAGAAAUUCGGACGAGACUGCGAGAUCAAAGUGGUGAAGGCUUUUUUGACCAAUCAGCUUCAUUCAGGUGAUGAGUGCUAUGCGGAGAGGAUUCGGGAAGAUGAUCAGAGUCCAAUGGCAGAUCAGUGCCACGGGGCGAUGUUUGUGAUCAAGCUCCAGAGCAUCGCAGCACCUCCAAAGCCUGGGUACAAGACUGAAGCAGAAUUCUGGCAAGGCUUCCAGCCAACUCUGCAGGCAUUGGAUAUUGUUCCCGCAACAUUCGUCACGGCGAUGCAAGAGGAAAAAUAUGCCGUGUUGGGAACCCUGUUCAGCGAAUGGAGGAAUGUAGGCCUCGCUCGUGAAUUGGUAGGAUCGCCCACUAGCAGCGUGUUUCCCAUUGAGAACCGGGUACCGGUGAAUGACAAUCAAGCACGGAUGGAUGGAAUGCGUCAGGAGCUUGUGCUGGGACUGCUGGAAGUCAUGCAUCAGGCUGAGCAGAGGGUAUACCGGCACGAGUUGAGGGCUCUUCAGGAAACACAGCCAGCAGAGUUCAUAGGAAUUCCACCCAAAUAUGUAGUGGCGUGCUUCAUCCGCGAUGCUGCCCAGAAGUACGCCUGGCCAUCGCACCGCCUACUUCAGUUUGAGAACGCAGUGCGCGACCAGUGGCUCGCCACUUGGACUGCCGACGAUGAGGACUACGUGACCCCCGAGCGGUUCGUGAAAAUGAUGGAGACCCGCUCCGUCUGCCAGCAGGUAUUCCGAUCAUCCUACCAAAGAACGCAGAUUAUGCUGGAACUGGACGCUUUCCGGAGAUGCUGGCAAGUAUAGUCAACUCAAGACGAGAAUUUAAUUCGAGUUCAUUACAUAGUUAUGUAGCUUCAUUUGUGAUGUAGUAGAAUUGUUUAGACCUUAGCACUAAUAGUGUGUCUAGCUGUCCUUCAUUUACCUGUGCUAGAGAUCAUGAAUAGUGUGUGUGUGUGUGUGUGUGUGUGUGUGUGUGUGUGUGUGUGUGUGUGUGUGUGUGUGUGUGUGUGUGUGUGUGUGUGUGUGUGUGUGUGUGUGUGUGUGUGUGUGUGUGUGUGUGUGUGUGUGUGCAGUUCUUCAAAGCCCCGUUUUUUGUAUUUCACUAUUUUCAACGCAGCCUUCCUCACACUGGUCAUUUCAUAAGUAUUUGCCGUUGAUGCUUUUCUUUCUUCUGCUGGCAGUACUGCGUGCAUCUCGUGAUAAUAUCACAUUGUGCAUGCACUUGGAAUGCACAUGCUCCGAAUACACAUACUUCAGUGUAAAAGUCUACAUAACCCUGAACGUUCUUGCUUAGAGUCGUACUCGACUAGCCCUUCUCUUUGCACAUCGAGUAUCCUAUACUAGGCAUGUUUGAAGCGUUGAAACAGGCUCUUUAGCUCACUGCAGAGUAUCUUUCAUUGUACAAUUUCCCUUGCCGUAAAUUCGGCCAAGCCUUGGACAUCAUUGUAUUGGGUGUUCAUUCCAUUUGAUUGUGCGUAACAUGUGAAUACAAUCAGCGAAUUUUCAAACAUUGAA